CCUACCGUAAAACCAGCACCGACGGCACAACUCACGUCACAACUGGUGCCGAAGGAGCCACAGCAAAAAAUGGCAGUUGAAAUGCCAAUGAAAUCCGUCUACAAGAUGAUGGAACACACCAAAUCACUGACGAUGGCGGAGCUAAUUGACACAACUUUGACUGAGCUAAUGCUGCUAACACCAAAGCAGUCCCAACAAGCCGCCGCGCUUUAUAAUGGUAGUCCCCAAGUGCUCGGUUCUGAAUUAAGUAAAGGAACAGGUAAUAAGGUAAAAUAUAAUGGUGUAGACUAUGAUGCUACUAACACGGCGGGCAUUAUUGCUGCUAAAAAGGCUAAAAUUGACAGUGAUAACGCAGCAAGAUUAGACAAUGCCAAAACUACUGCGAUAAAUGCUAUUCAGGCUCUAAUGGAUGAUACUUCAGAUAAUAAAACUAAACUAACUGAUGAAGAAGGUUAUAUUGAGGCGGCUACUACGACUGCUGAGGUAAGCAGUAGAGAAAGUAAAGUUAAAGAAGCAAUUACUGCCCUUAGAGAAGCCAAAAAACUUAUUCCUUUUGACGCAGCAGUGGCUCGAGCUGCUGCUAUCACAGCCUUUGAGGAUAAAGAUAAUAAAACCGAUAUUGAUAGUAAGAAAAAGGAAUUAACUGAUAAAAUUGACGCAGAAAGGGCUAAGGAGCCAAAAAAAGAACCACCAAAGGAAAAAUUAACCGAUGAGAAAGUAGAACAAGUGAUUCAAACUGUCCUCAGCAAUACUUCUGUUAAACCUCAGCCCAAAGUGGUUAAGUCUUGGCAGUCUUACGACAGCGCUGAUUCUCAGUUGAGAACAGCGGAACAAAUUCAAGAAUUCCUGGAAGAAAUUAAAGAUAAGGAAGCGGACUUUGCUAAAAUCUUGGAGGAAAUGCCAGACGAAAAUAAACCAGUGGGUAAUACCCCUGAGGAAAAAGUGGAUAACUUUUUGUCAACCCAAAAGGCUGAAGUAGUAGUAAAAGCCAUUUUCAGUUAUAAAAUAAAAGAUGAUACUUUCCGGAAUGAAACAGAAGCCGAAAUGAAAACCAGAAAGAAUGUUGAAGAACAACAAUUAGACGAGAAAGUUUAUCCCAAGAAAGAUGGUAAAUAUACUAAAGAAGCAAUGGUAAGGUAUCUGUUUGAGAAAAAGACAGGUCAAACUCAUCAAUUUGCGGCCAAGGGUCAGGAUUCAGGAAGCAAUCUAACUACUGAAGGACAUUGA